UGGAGCCAGCCAGUAAACCUAGGACCAAAAUGGCGGGAACAAGCACUUCUUAGCGGGAAAACCCAACGACCUCACUUAAAAGCGCGGGAAGCCGAUCCCAACCGCCACAUCGAGAGAGUGACUGAGAGAGAAUUCAGAGAGAGAGAGAGAGAGAAACAGAUAUGGUGGGAGUAGCGUACGACUGUCUGGCGAACCCUCUCGGAGCGGUCCGGUCCACUUUCGAGAAGGCGAUUGCUUCGGGAUCCGACCCGGCCUCCUUCGACGGCCGGGACUGGGGAGCCGUCGAUCUCUUCCGCAACUUCCUCUACGAUGAUGGCGGCCUCUCUCAGGUACCAAUUUUGAAUUCUGCAAGCAUAAGAUGGGUUCAGCCCAACACACUCGUUCGAUUUCGAGGAAUGAUACAAGACAUGUUGGGAAAUGAAUUCUAUGUCGGUGCUUAUAAGGAUGGCUCUGUUUGGAGGACCAACAAGUUCACGGAUGUUCCUCAAUUCCCCGUGGAUUCCACGCCGGAUAUGCGGUUAUGGGAACGCCGUAUGCUCUACUGCACCCCGGUGCCGGGACAGAAUUCAUGGGCCGAAUCUUCUAACGCGGUGAUGUAUGCAAGUAUGGAAUCAGGAACCCAACAAAAAGAGAAGCGCCCGAGAGUGGAUGCUGAAGCUACUGAUAACAUGGAUUACGAUGUCUCGGAUAAUGGGAUUGAAGGUUCUCCUUCUACCAAAAAGCUGAAAGAAAAUGGACAUUCUACUCAGCAGUCAAUUACUGAGGGCACCAGCUCUGGUAUGAUUAUGGCACCUGAUGUUAACAGUGGUUCACUUCCUUGUCUUAUUAAGAUUUACGAUUGUUUAGAGUCUGACUUAAAGCUAAACGAGGUUUUUGAGUUUGUUGGAGUCUUCACUUUCGAUUCAGAGUUUAAAGAGGACAAAGAUGAAUCAGAUGAUUUCACGAAUGGUUUUAGUGAAGAUGUGUUGGUUCACUUGCCCCCUAAUAAGGUACCACGUCUCCACUGUUUUAUUCACAGGAAACUUGCAGUUCACGACUUCCUUCCGUGUUCCCCUACAAACGAGCCAAAGCCGAACUUGGUGAAAGAGAUCAGGGAAGCUCUCUUGAGGCAUCUUACAGCUGUUCUUGGCAAUGAUGGUAUAGCUGCUAAUUUCAUGCUGUUGCAUCUCUUGUCCAUGGUGUAUUCAAGAGCUGGAACUGUUGCUGUGGGGAAGCUUUCACUAAAUCUUACUUGUUUAAGCAGAGAAAGUGCGCCUGUGUUUGGCACCCAGCUUGGUCUUGCUCUCAAGAAUCUUUUACCUUUCACACAAUGCAUAUCCCUAACAGUGGAUUAUCUCAACACUGCUUCUCUUGCGCCAAGAAAGGAUUAUGAGACAAGCAGGCUGAUAACCGGAGCCCUGCAGCUGGCUGAGGGUUCACACGUGAUAUUUGAUGAGACCCGGCUGGAAGCUGGCAUUCUUAACUCUGUCGGGGUUGAAAAUGCAAGAUUGCUUAAAACUUUAAUAGAGUUGCAAAAGGUGGAAUAUGAUUUCAAGUUCUAUAAACUGGACAUGCCAGCAGACAUCCAAAUGCUUGUUCUUUCGGAAGGCAAAUCAAACAUUUUGCCAGCUGAUGUUGUGUUACCUUUCCACCCUUCUUCAGUGGCUUCCGCUGAAGUCACCACAGAAGCACUAGAGGCUUGGAGAUGGUACUUGGCUACUCUUAGAUCAUUGCCACAUUCUAUUGACUCAGAAUUACAGAAGGUGAUAGAAAAUGACUUGGUUGCAGCAAGGCAGGAAGAUAGGACACUGGGAACCCAAGAUUUCAGCAGAUUGCUGACAAUGGGUCGAUUGAUGUCGAUGAGUUUUGGUGAAACCUCCCUAUCAUUAGAACACUGGCAGAUGGUCAAGGAACUCGAGAGGUUACGAAGAGAGAGGCUCAAGUGAAUGUAGUAUUUACUACUACGAUUUGUGUUUGUUAAUUACAAGGGUUGAUUAACUUGGGUAAAUUGUAGCCCAUGGCUGUUACCGGCCAUCGGUGCGGAUGUUUUUGUAAGAAAAUAUUUGUGCCGUUAAUGUUAAAAUGCUGGCCAAUUUACAUCAAAUUUCUGUUUGGUUUA